UGCUCUUGUUUCAACGGAUUAAUAACACCACCUAGUACCAGGAAUUGGUAACCCCGUCCGAAGGGGUGUAAAUCAUGAGAAAAUCUUGUUUACAGAGUAGAUGUAAACAAAUGUUUACGGAGCUUAAUUUCGGUCUUUCAAAAAUAUUUUGGACGGUUCGAAUUUUUUAAAAACUAUGUGCAUUCUUUUUACCGAGAAUUCGAAAAUGGCUUGGUUUUUUCCUAGUUUGGCUUAAUAAUCCUUGUGAAUUAUUUUUUUUUGUCUUUAUUCGAAAAAAAUUUGGUUUGUCAGCUUUGCAUCAAAUUUUUUAUUUUUAUUUUGUAGAUUAUUGGUUUGUCUCGAUGGAAAGAAUCUAAAAUUUAAAAAACACGUUUAAAAAAAAAAUUGCCCAAAGAUAAAAAUACUUCAAAAAGUGUCUAUUUUGGAUUACUUUUGUCUUUAUUCAAAAAAAAAUUGAAUAGGGAAGACCACUUCUCGGCUAAAUGUUGAACUUAUCGCCGAUCACGUUUUGGCCUGCGACUUGGUUUCAACGGUGGCCAGAGGAGAAGUCAAUCUAGGAGAUUUCUUGUUAGAGGGUGUAAAAGGAAAUUAUGGUGUAAUCUAAUCCCAUCCAGACCUAAACAAACAUAGUAUUAAUAAUUCUAUCAUCCAAUUCCAUGCAACAAACAUGAGAGGAUAAUUUAACAACAUCACUAUUAAUCCUAUCUCAUCACGAAUUUCACCCAAUCCAGUUAUCAAACGGGACCUUAGUUUAAAACCUAACAAGCUAUUCAAAAAAAAAAAAAAAAGGAUUCAACUUUAUAAAUAGUCUACUUGUGAUAGAUCAUCGCAGAACUAGUAACAAGAUAUUAAAAAAAAAAACACAGAGAGAGAGAGAGAGAGAGAGAGAAUGGAGAGAGAAUGCCAUCCAUUAUUGAGGGGAGGAAGGAGGGAACGUAAGUACGGCCAUGAGUUCUCUGCUGCUCAAAUGGAUUCAUUGACUAGUGUCUGUGAGGCUAUACUACCACCCCUGCCGUUGAAUUCUCUAGAAGUCCCUGGAAAGGAUGGCCGAACCAACAAGGCAAUUCAAUUGCUCCACACAGCUUCUGGUUCUCAAAAUUCAGUUCCUGAAGAGGUUGCUGAACAUAUAGCGAAGAGGACACCCUUUGGAGCUGUGAUCUUGGUAAAAGUGGUCUUGACCAUCAUAUCUACCAGGCUGGGGACACUUCUGCUCUGUGGCUCUCUCUGUUUUGGUGGUAGAUGGCCAUUCAUUAACAAAUUCUCACAAAUCUCCCUGGAGAAGAGAGAGAGGGUUAUCCAGAGAUGGUUCAGGCGUUGGCUUUUCACACCCAUCCGACUUGUAUUUGUACUUAUCAAAAUGUUAUGUCUCUAUGUCUUCUUCUCCCAGGUUAAUGAAAAUGCCGAGAAUCCCACAUGGGAAGCCUUGGGGUACCAAGCUGGAGGCACUCGCGAAAGCCUGUCCCAAUCAGACCAAAAGAAGAGUCGACCACUUCAAAACGGAGUAGUCGAAACCUCACACGAGAACGAGACAACCCUCCUCCAGACCCUCAAACAGAAGGGCCUCAAGGUGACUGCCCACCCUGAACAGAACACGUACAAGAUCGAAUGCGAUGUCGUGAUAGUGGGCUCCGGUUGCGGAGGAGGCGUCGCGGCCGGCGUCCUCGCCAGUUCGGGGCUUAAGGUGGUCGUCGUUGAGAAAGGCAACUAUUUUCACGGCACGGAUUAUUCCCAGCUGGAAGGGCCGUCCUUGAGCGAGCUGUUCGAUCAACGCGGGCCGUUCCCGACCCUCAAUGGGGAAAUGAUGCUCAUGGCAGGAUCGUCGGUGGGUGGCGGCACGGCGGUGAACUGGUCGGCGUGCCUCAAGCCCCCAAAGCCCGUGCUCCAGGAAUGGGCAGAGGAGGAAAAAAUCCCGCUCUUCUCAACCCCUCGGUAUCUCUCCGCCAUGGAAGCGGUGUGGGAAAGAAUUGGUGUCACGGAGGGAUGCGAACGCGAGAGCUUUCAGAAUCAAAUCCUCCGCAAAGGGUGCGAAAAACUCGGCCUGGAUGUCGAGGCUGUGGCACGGAAUGCGACGAAGAGCCAUUACUGCGGCUACUGCUGUUACGGAUGCAGAGCAGGAAACAAAAAGGGCACCCAUUUGACUUGGCUGGCGGAUGCUGUAGAUCAUGGUGCGGUGAUCAUAACAGGAUGCAAAGCCGAGAGACUCGUACUGGAAGGGAACAAGCACAGUGGAGGUAGAAGAAAGAAAUGCUUGGGAGUGAUAGUGAAGAGUCUGAAUAAGAUCAUCACAAAGAGGCUGCGUAUCGAGGCUAAAGUAACAAUCUCGGCAUGCGGUGCGUUAUUGACACCUCCCCUAUUGAUUUCAAGCGGGUUGAGAAACAAGCACAUCGGCCGGAACCUUCACCUCCAACCUCUUCUAUUGGUAUGGGGAUACUUCCCCGAGUCGAAUCCAGAGCUCGAAGGGAAAUCCUACGAGGGCGGGAUAAUCACCUCGGUGCUUCAUGUGCAGCCCGAGGGAUUCAAUGGAAGAAGAGGGAUCAUCCAACCUCCUGCACUGGGGCCUGGACUAUUUGCUGCAUUGUCUCCUUGGGAGUCUGGACUAGACAUAAAGAACAGGAUGCUUAAGUAUGAUAGAACUGCUCAUUUAUUUUGUUUGAUCAGGGACCAAGGCUCUGGAGAGAUAAAGCAUGAAGGAAGGAUAAGCUAUAAGUUUGGUAGAUUGGACAGAGACACUAUGAAAACUACAUUGCGGCAGGCGUUGAGGAUUUUGGUGGCGGCAGGAGCCGUUGAGGUGGGAACGCAACAGAGCGAUGGACAGAGAAUCAAAUGCAAAGGGAUCACCGAAGGCGAAAUGGAAGAGUUUCUGGACAAAGUUUAUGCAGCUGAGGGACCCAAGUCGAUGGUGGAGAAUUGGAACAUGUACAUCUCCGUGCAUCAAAUGGGGAGUUGCCGGAUGGGGGUCAGCGAAAAGGAAGGCGCGGUUGAUGAGAACGGGGAGAGUUGGGAGGCAGAAGGCCUGUUCGUUUGCGAUGCCAGUGUGCUACCCAACGCCAUCGGUGUCAAUCCCAUGAUCACCAUCCAGUCGACUGCUUAUUGCAUUUCGAAGAAGAUAGCUGAAUCUUGGGCAAAAAGAGUAUAAGUUGGACGCAACCGCAGUGCUCUACUUUUGUAUGCAAAUGCACUCACCAUGGGGGUUGGAUUAGACUGAGUGAAGUGGAAGAAUAAAGAAUAAGUUGUAAGAAAUUGAUUUUCUCGUUUCACUACGCAGGCGCUUCACUUUUUAGUAAAACGCUUGCGUAUAGUGUCCUAAGUUGUACCAGUUGUUUGUAAUGUAGUAAUAAUGUAAUGGUGUGAUGUGCAAGUAGUACAGUAAUAAUGUAGUGAAACUUUCCCAGAGUACGUGCUUGUAUUUGUCCAGGAUGUAAUAAUGUCACACGAGUAAUAGUUUGCAAUAGUGACUUUCCUGGAAUCUUCUUAGAUUCCAGGCAAAGGCGUCGUCCUUCCCUAUAAAAGGAGUAGGCUACUGGUAAUGUACGACUUGAGCAAUAAUAUCUCCCAAUGUUUGUUUA